GAGCAAGAAGUUCCACCGUCUUCCAAUAGCAGGACGGUCGCUGGGAAAUGGAUGUCAUACCAAUGGCUAGCUGAUCGAUCGAUGGAGUCCGAGGUCGAUCACCAUAGGUUUCCCAUGGCCUUUGAUAUCGGAGCCCUUUCGAUGGACUGGGCUUAUCAUGAUAGUAAAGUCUUUCGUCUUCAAGGAUUCGAAGGAUUGAACGAUACCGAACAGGAGGUGCUGAUUGCCAAAGCCAAGGCUGAUCUCGAUUCGGACGUAAUUGACAGUAUCGAUUACACGUCGUUCAACCUCUAUCUUGCCUCUCAGCAUGGCGUCUAUCUCGAAAUAUCCGAGUUCACCAACAGGAACAACUUUUACCGAUUUCAACCGAAGUCCAAUCACAAAAAAGGCUCGAAGAGCACGGCAGGGCAAGCGAUUUCGGACCGCAUUAUAGAAGCGCUUCUAUCCGAAUCCCCUUUACCCCCCUUGAAUCUUGCCUUUAUCGGAGACAAAAGGGUUGCCUUUGCCUUUGCUGACAAGGCAGAGCUGAGCGAAUCUCAAAUUCAAAGCUUCUGCCGGCAGCACAUCGACCCGUCAGAAAACUUUGGUCAAGAGCAUGUCAAUCAAGUCGGACAGUCCCAGGGUUGCGCUGUCGGCUGCUGCCGUUACAGGCACCCUGACCAAACGCGGCUGUCUCUCAAGACUUGGCACAUUGAUCCUCGCUCGACGAAGCAAGAGCUUUCCGCUUUCUGCCCGCUGCACUUCGAGAUUUGGAUGCUACUCGUAGACUACAUGGGAAACACACCCCGCUUCGCCGGGGUCCUGCUGGACGGAUGGAGGAGUCACAGCGAGACGGAAAACUUUUUGGCCGAAAACAAGAACGAUCCUCGGUCGCAUCUCAGUCCCCACGCUUUGGCCGCCUUGCGUACAUUCAGUCGCUGCGAGGUUUCUGGCUGCCUGAGAGGUUACUUUCCCAUGAGCGCCCCUUACGCCGACCCACUAGAGUUACACCUAGGGGUCUGCGGCAAGUGCAAGCAACAGCGCGCCAAGGUUUGGCAGGAAGUUCAGUUAAAGCUAGAAUCGGGAACCGACAUCAUCAAUGUCGAAGCGAUGAUCGCCGCUCCAAAAGAGGAAGUGCGCGUGACUUGCGUCCGUUGCAUUCAGCUAUGCAAUCUUGCAGGAGCGUGGAAUCCGGUUGCGGCCACCACCGGGUACUGCGACCCAGACGGACAGACGAUCUGUUCCCGUUGUUUCGUCCGAAUCCGCGCAGAUUCUGCUCCCACCCAUGUUGUUGAGGUGAAACCGGUGAACGACCGGGAGGUGGAUUGGUCAGCGGUCGAGAAGCUCUGUAUGGAACUUGCGCCAAUCCUCGCCAAAGGUCUGACCGGGGAAAUCUGGCGGGACUUUCUGCCCUACUGCUGGAAACUGGCUCGAUAUCAGUCGACCGAUAUUUACAAAGGAAUGAGUUGCAGCGCAUUGAUAUCGAAAUUCAGACAUAGAUCGCCAAGGGUUUCAGGAGGCUCAGACGGAAGAAGGCUACAGAAAUGUUACUCCAGUUCAUCCAGGACCAAGAUGUCUCUGGCGAGAGGUUCGGCCUCGCUGUUGCUGCGGAAUAGACACCGGCUUUCCUGCUUCCAUGACAACGGCACUGUGACGCAUCGUAUAGACCUUUCCACCAUCAGCAUUUUUACAACACGCCAUCCGCAACAUGCCAUCUUCUCUCUCUUUGUCGCGCCAGUACGACAGAUGCUCGUCACCUGUAACCCUAGAUUCUUACGAUACUACGACAAUUAUGCAAACGAACCACAAAGGCCACGCUUUGCAGGCCAUCUCUGAUGCUUGAAUCAAAGCCGGCAGUUGGUGUGCUGACCAUAGAGCUGUUCUCUCAGUCUCUUUCCAGCAUUAUGGUACACACCAUAACUUCCCGUGAUUUUCAACGACAUAUA